CUCCCCGUGUGCCCCACAGCCUCCUCCAGCAGGGAGGUCCUGGCUCGGUGGAGCCUUUAUCACAGCACCUGCACGAGGAUCAAGGCACAGUGAGCCCCAGGCAUGCACAGGGAGGUGGGUGGAGGGGCCUUGAGAUAAGGCAGCAGACACAACACGAUGGUGUGGGGCGGGGGGACCCCUUCCCAGCCCUCUUAAAUGGCGUGGCCCCACUGGCCAGAGCUGCCAGCCAUGGAGAGAACCACGGUGCUGAUCACAGGCUGCUCCUCAGGCAUCGGCCUGGGGCUGGCUGCACGCCUGGCAGCCGACGCCACUCGCCGCUUCAAAGGUAAAGGGGUGGACGCUGCCCCGGGGGUCCAGCAGCCACGGGUGGUCUGGGCUGGGCCAGGCAGGGCCUCACCAAGGAGAAACAGCCAGAAACAGCCUGGGGGUGGGCUGGGGUUGGUGCUGGCCAUGCGGCUUGGUGGCAACUGCCCAUGGCCACACUCUCUCCUCUCAGUUUAUGCCACCAUGCGCGACCUGGCCAAGGGUGAGCGGCUGCUGGAGCGCCUGGGGGGCAGCUGCCCCGACACGCUGGAGGUGCUGCAGCUUGAUGUCACUGAUCCAGGCUCGCUGGCAGCUGCUGCACAGCGGGUGCAGGGACUGGAUGUGCUGGUCUGCAAUGCAGGGGUGGGACUGAUGGGACCGCUGGAGACCUGCUCUGACCAGGCCAUGAAAACUCUCUUCGAUGUGAACCUCUUUGGGGCUGUCCGCACCAUCCAGGCAUUCCUGCCUGCCAUGAAGAGCCGCAGGGCCGGGCGGAUCAUUGUCUCCAGCAGCAUCGGGGGGCUGCAAGGGCUGCCCUUCAAUGCUGUGUACUGUGCCAGCAAGUUUGCAGUGGAGGGGCUGUGCGAGAGUCUGGCCAUCGUCCUGCGCCCCUUCAACAUCCACCUGACGCUGGUGGAGUGCGGGCCCGUCCACACCAGCUUCCUGGCCAACCUGCAGCGCCCCGACCCUGAGGGCAGCGAGAUGCGGGGCCUGGACGCCGAGACACAGGGGCUGUACCGCCGGUACCUGUGGCACUGCCAGAGCAUCUUCCGCGACACGGCCCAGGAGGUGGAGGAGGUCCUGCCGGUGUUCCUGGAGGCCAUCGGCAGCCCCUGCCCACCGCUCCGCUGCGCCAGCACCCAGCUCCUCGCCCCGCUCUGGCGCCUGCGGCUGAGCAGCCCCGACGGCUCCGCGUACGUCCGCGCCAUGCACGACUUCGUGUUCGGCGGCAGCGAGCCCGCCGGGGACCGGCCCUGAGCCCACACCGGCACCGCCGCCGUGCGAACCCCCAGCCCGGAGCCGGGCCCGCCUGCUCGGUCCCGCCGCGUCCCCAAUAAAGCCCUUUGCAGCCGCACGGCUCUGCCUCCGUCCCUGCUCACGCCGCGGGG